CAGCGAUGCCAGAUGGUUGAAAACAACCAACUCAGUUCUUCAAUAUUGUGUGUUUGUGUUGUCGCAUUUUUAAACGUAUUAUUUGAUUUAAUCAAUGACGAUAUCAACGGAUGAUGCGUGGCAGGACUUAAUUGGCAUUAGUGCUGAUCCGCCCGACAUGCGCGAUAAAUGCGAGCAGUGCAAGCGACCCGUUGUUGUCUGCUGGUGCUCCGCCCUACCUCAGCCGCCGCUUGCGGUCGACUCCCAAAUUGUGAUACUUCAACAUCCUGCCGAGGAGAAGCGUUCCCUACGCACCGCCCACAUGCUGCAGCUGGGCUUGCAGCCGGGUAAAUGCGUCGUCUACAAGGGCAAGCGAUUCCCCAAUACGCGUCACAGUGCAGAACUACAGCAUCUGCUGGACUCACCGCAGACUCUGCUUCUGUAUCCCAGCAAAGAGUCGGUUCCCUUAGAGAACAUCGAUCGUAGCGCAGGACCCUACAAUCUUGUACUCAUCGAUGGCACCUGGCCUCAGGCAAAGGCCAUCUACGCUAGCAGUCCGGCACUGCAUCGUCUGCGGCAGGUCAAGCUCAUUGCAGUGGGUAUCAGCGACUACAUUAUUCGUACUCAGCCCACGGAGGGUUGCCUUAGCACGUUGGAGACGGCAGCGCAAUGUCUGGCGGUACUGGAAUCACAGCCAGAACUGCGUCAGCUGCUGGUGCGUCCGUUACAUGCGCUGUGCAAGUAUCAGCUGGAUAACGGCGCUGUCGAGCAUCAAUCUAAGGAGUUCCUUAUGAAAACUAAUCAAUAUCCUAAGCCCAUUGGCAAGCGAUUAAGUCGGUUGCUAAACUACAGCAAUGCGGUUCCUUUGGAGCAACAGUCGCAUAGUCAGGAGCGGGAUUCGUGAAACUU